GUUUUUCUCACGCUGCAACGUCUUGGCCCUGCAAGCCACAUCACUGGAGGAUCUAUUUAACUUCUUUUCAAGGUUCAGCUCGCUGGGGAGGAACGACGGCGUGGAAGAGGGACCGGACAAAGACUCGUUAUCGAGGGACCCUGGUCGGGAAGGAAGUGUUACCUGCAGCAGCUCUUGGUGGUUGAAGAGGGGGUUCCCUGGAAAUGGAGUCUGGACAAGCUGGAUCCAGAUCCCCUCUGCUUAGAAGAGGAACCAGAGGAACUGUGGCCAAAUCAGGAUGUGAAAAGAGUUAUAAAAGUUGGAAUGACAACAGGGCACAUGGAUCAGGUGUAAACGACGAUGUAAAAUGUAACACUGCCAACAACUCCCUCAGCUGCUCUGAAUGUGGUGAACAGUUUGACAACCAACAAUCUCUCCAGAGACAUUUAACAGAGAAUCCUUUGAGUUGUUUGAAGCAUAAGAAAUGUUUUAAAGUAACACAAAAUAUAAAUUUGCGUAGAGGAGUUCACACAGGGACAAAAGCAGUUAAAUGUGAUGUUUGUGGUCACAUCUGUAGUCAUAAAAGAAAACUUGUGCUACACAUGAGAAUUCACACAGGAGACAAACCAUUCAGCUGUGAUGAAUGUGGACACAGAUUUAGUCACAAGACAAGCUUAAACCAACACAUGAGAAUCCACACAGGCGACAAACCAUUCAGUUGUGAUGAAUGUGGACAUAGAUUUAUUCAAAAGUCAAGCUUAAACCAACACAUGAGAAUCCACACAGGAGACAAACCAUUCAGCUGUGAUGAAUGUGGACAUAGAUUUAUUCAAAAGUCAAGCUUAAACCAACACAUGAGAACCCACACAGGAGCCAAACCAUUCAGCUGUGAUGAAUGUGGACAAAGAUUUAGUCACAAGUCGAACUUAAACCUACACAUGAGAAUCCACACAGGAGACAAACCAUUCAGCUGUGAGGAAUGUGGACAAAGAUUUAGCCUCAAGUCAAACUUAAACAAACACAUGAGAAUCCACACAGGAGACAAACCAUUCAGUUGUGAUGAAUGUGGACAAAGAUUUAGUCAAAAGAUAAGCUUAAACGAACACUUGAGAAUCCACACAGGAGACAAACCAUUCAGUUGUGAUGAAUGUGGCCAAAGAUUUAGUCGCAAGACAAACUUAAACCAACACCUGAGUAUCCACACAGGAGACAAACCAUUCUACUGUGAGGCAUGUGGACAAAGAUUUAGUCGCAAGAUAAGCUUAAACCAACACUUGAGAAUCCACAGAGGAGACAAACCAUUCUUCUGUGAGGAAUGUGGACAAAGAUUUAGUCGCAAGACAAACUUAAACCAACACCUGAGUAUCCACACAGGAGACAAACCAUUCUUCUGUGAGGAAUGUGGACAAAGAUUUAGUCGCAAGACACACUUAAACCAACACAUGAGAAUCCACACAGGAGACAAACCAUUCAGCUGUGAUGAAUGUGGACAAAGAUUUAAUCAAAAGACACACUUAGACCGACACAUGAGACUCCACACAGGAGACAAACCAUUCAGCUGUGAGGAAUGUGGACAAAAAUUUAGUCGCAAGACAAGCUUAAACCAACAUAUUAGAAUCCACACAGGAGACAAACCAUUCAGCUGUGAUGAAUGUGGACAAAGAUAUAGUCGCAAGACAAGCUUAGACAUACACAUGAGAAUCCACACAGGACAGAGACCAUUUUCCUGUGAGGUGUGUGGUGAAUUAUUUAGGUGGCCUGUCUCUGUAAAAAGACACAUGCUUGUCCAUGCAAAAUAGAAAUGGCACUUUGAGAAUGUUCUAAAAUUUAAAGUGCGUUAUAAAUUUAUUAUUAUUAUCAUUAUUAUUAUUAUUAUUAUUGUUACGGAAGCCGGUCAUUGCUGCCCCCUGAGGCUCGUCACACAUGCAAAUGCCAGUCCCUGAUGCCUGUUCGGAGUGACUUGACCAGAUGCACCCUUGUCUCCUCCCCUCUGGUUGGCUCAUCACCCAGCCAAUCACAUCACAGCCUGCCAGCAACCAGGAAAUAAAGGACUGCUGCUGUGUUCAUUCUGGGGGAAGAAGCUGUUUAGCACAGAUGGUUCCCCCUCAGCUUGACAGAAUUGUGGUGGUUUUUGACUGUUUGCUGUGCUUAGUGGUGGCAUUUUGGCACGUAGAUUACUCGGAGUUUUCAGCAGGGUUAAACCUGACUGUUUAUGUUGUCAGUUUAAUAAUAAUUACUAAUUUCAUUUUGGUUUUGCCUUCGAUAGCAUACAACUGCUUUGGCUACUUUUUGAGCUUGAGUUUCUCAUACCCCUAUAGUGGGUCGUAAUAAAGUGGGGGCUCGUCCGGGAGCUUAUUUUCUUGUAAAAUAUUUAGCACGGUUGGUGUGGAGCAGUGGACUUUAUUGUUCUGAUCGAGAUGGCUACGUCCUUUGACUUGGACCGGUUUCUUGCGGCUCCUUCCAGUGUAGCUCUUGACUGUUGCCGCAAAGCUGAUUUUAUGCAGCCUGUGGGCCAUUUUUCCCUGUUGGUCCCGAAACAGGCCAUCAAGAGCCAGAUUAAGUGUCUGCAGAAGCUGCAGCUGUGUGUGAAGGCGCUCUGGCUAGAAGCGACCCAGUUAAUGGAGAGGUGAAACCUCUCAUUCAGACUCCCAGCCCGAAGACGGUUGAGGAGGGACCGGGGGCUGAAAAGCCGGUGACACUUAUCACUCUGUCCCAGUGUGAUCCACUUUCCUCAAACAGUUCAGAUGCCCGUGCUGGGACUCCGUUAAAAGUCUGUUUGGUUAGAUUGGAGCUGGAGGCCCGUGAGAAGGCUGAAGCUCGCCUGAACACACAAGCAUGACUUUGAAAAAACUGUUUUGGAACACAGCAGGAGUGUGUUGUCUCACGCUGUCUCUGUCCUGAGCGGAGAAAGCAGUUUUUACCUGAAGUUAUUGUUUUUCAAUAUAUAAAAGAGAGAGUCAUCCACAUAUAUAGCAACAUCUAUAACAAUACAUAAAAAAUGAAACACAGUAAAAUGCAAUAAAACUUGGAUUUAAAAAAAAAUGUUGGAGUUAAACUUAAAAUUAUUUCAUUAUGUGACAAACAUUGAGAUGUUGGCCACUUAACCCUCUGCCCUGGAUACUUUAAAACCAAGUAGAACUGGUUCAUUAUUCAAAGUUCUGACUGUUGUGGCUCUUUGCAUUGUAUUUGUUUAACUCUGACUCUGCUCAACAGAUCCGAACCAUGCGGUAAAGACCUAGCCUGCAAGCUAGGUUAAAUUUUCAUUUUACGCGUUAACGGUGGUUUGUGUCUGCUCUUUGGGCAUGUCGUCUUUUCCGCAUCAUGACACGUGUACAGUUUAGUGACAUUUUACAGUGAAACCUUUCCCACAUGUUUUAAAGAAAAUGGCUUUUGCAUGUGUGGAUUUUCAUGUGGACCAUGUGUUGGAUAAAUGUGUUUUUCAUAUUCAGCUAUACUACACAUGUCACAUCCAUAUUUGCAUAUUUAUUAAAAAGGAGAAAAAGUUUUUGUUGACAGAACAGAUUUAACAACAAACAAAUCAGUUACAAAUCUGAAGACUCAAACAUAACUUUAUGACUUUGAACAGGGCUAAAGUUUUAUUGUAACUUGCCUGAGAUUUUUUUAUUCUCAUUCCCCUCUGCCUUCGUUUGCUGUCUAUUAAACUUAUUUCUUCUUUAACCAUGGUGGAAAUAAAGAAAGGUAUUAACUUUUGAUGCUACAGAAUACAAAAUAUUAACAAAAGACUGCAGUGGUGACAUGUUACCCUUUAUGGCUUGAAGCUUGAUAGACAAAGAAAUAAAUUGAGAAGGUUUUGAGGUCAGGAACAACGAACGUAAGACUGGGAGAAUUUUUCAUUGUGAUAGUGGAAAUGUGUAAAGUUAUUUACAAUGUCUACACAGAAAAGAGACCACACAAGGUCAAGGGUUUGCCUUCAGAAAUGGGUGGACUGGAUUACAAUUUCACAAGCAGCAAAUAAAACACUUUGAUUUUUAAAUAAUGCAAAACACAGGAUUAUGGACAUUUCCAACCAUGCCUACUCUGACAUGGUGUGAUAAGAUAACCAAGAAAAGAUCUGAAAAUUCCUGAAUAAAAUAAGUUUAUCUCUGCUGAAAACAACAGUAGAGACCCAACCCUUUUUACAGUCAUUUCUUUCUCCGCAGAUUUGUGGCUCAAAACUAAAUUAGACUCCAACUCCAAGAACGUAAAUUUCAGAUAUUUACCACAUAAAUAAAUGGAUGUGGCCUCUCACCCGUGUGAGUUUUCUUGCGUCUACUUUUGACAUUUAUAAUAAAACCUUUCCUACAUGUUUAACAAGAAUACGACUUUUCACCUGUGUGGAUUCUCGCGUGGACCAAUGAUGCAUCACGAUAUGUGAAAUCUUCACCAUGUUGUACAAAGAUGAAGCAGCUUCUCUGUGAGGUUUUAUUUAAAGAACCACUUUGAAUAUAAAAUUUUUGCAUAUAUUGCAAAAAUAUGGCCUUUCGCCUGUGUGGCUUCUUUCAUGGUCACCAGUAUUUCCUGAAGCCUGAAACAUUUCCCACAUGUAUCACAUAUAAAUGGCUUCUCACCUGUGUGAAAUCUUAUGUUGGCUGACAGUUUAGCAGAAUCUCUGAAACGUUCACCGCACGUUUCACAAGGACUUGGCUUCUCUCCUGUACGGAUGUUCUUGUAUUUAAACUACAACUUGAAAUGAACUUUUCCCACAUGUUUUACAGGUACAUGUUUUUCUCUAGCAUGGCCUUUAAUAUGUAACAGUGAUGAGUAAAUGAAGCAUUUGCCACGUUUUGCUAGAAUAAGGUUUCUCACCGGUGUGGAUCCUCAUGUUGAUCUGUAUGUAUCGAACACAUCUGAAACUUUUCCCACAGAAUUUACAGGAAUAUGGUCUCACCUGUGUGGGUUCUGUCAUGAUUCAUCAUUAUACUCUAAAGACUUUUCCACAAAUGACACAGUUUGUAGAUUCAUUAACCUCAUCACUGUUACACCAACUCGUCGAUAAGGGAGAGUCGUCUUUAUUGUUCCUGUUACUACUUUUCUUUUUCUUAUGUCGUGUAUAUGUUGCUGAUCCUGAGUCUACAUGUUGUCUUGGUUCCUGAUCUUUGUUCUCAGGAGCAGGAGUGUUGUCAGAGAUUUGCUGGUCUCUGUUUAGUUCUUGUUUACAGAGGUGAUUAUCUUCAUAAAUAGGAAUUACCGCAAAGGUUUCAGUCUCCUGCUUCAGUACCAGCUGCUCUGAGUCCUUAGUAGGGAUGGAGUCCUCCUCUUCCUCUUUAAUGGGGAGAGACUCUGGUUCCUCCUGGUUCUGGCUGGAGUUCUCUGGAUCACAGGGCUGGCUGGCAAGAACCUCUUCUUUGAUGACGUGUUGUGGGAGAGCUGAAGAAAAUCAGAGGACACAAGAAAAUGUUUAUUACUGAAAAAAGAAAAAAAAAACUGCGAACAAGUUAUUAAAAUUUCAUGGUAUAUUUUGUUUUUCUGGCUUUUCUACAGAGUUAAAAUGUGUUUUCACCUAAAACAUUACACAAAGAUAAAGUGUACAUUCACAUUUUCAAAUGUUUAUGUUUUUUUUUAUUCUUGCUGAUCUUUUAAUGGAUAUUUAUAGACUCUAUGUUUUUGUAGCAUGCAAGCGGACAAUAAAGUAUUAUUUCAUCUUA